AUGCUGUCUCCCAAGCAGCAGCAGCUACCACUCGACAGCAAACGGGGCCGUAACGACCUGACACCUCACCUCGGCAAAUCCACGCCAAAAUUCAUUCCCAGCCACGUUGACGUCUGGGAACAGUUCGGAGGGGAUAAGCAUCACCUUCAACACAACCAAGCUCCGAAGCAACGCAAAGCUAGCGUGGCCUGGUCAGAGGAUUUUGCUUCUGGUCUAGGCACAGAUUACGAUAACUUUUCAGUCCCUCCCUCCUCCAGCCCAAAACCAGGGUACGAUAACUUGCCAGAUACCAUUCCUCUGAACGACACUGUGCAAGGGUACAUCGGCCAGCUGCCAGCGGUGGACUUCUCAGAAACAGCUUCGGUCUUUACUGCACGUCGAAGCUCGCCUGCUGUGGAAGACGGCGGAGGCGAUGAGGAGUUUCUGAUCGAGGACACCAUCGGGAACCUUGCAAUCCUUGCGGAAGGAUUGGUUGACCCAUAUCACCUUCCUAGAGAUCCAGAGCAGGCCACUGUUGAUCGUGAGAGCACAAACGUCGAUCUAAAGUGCAGCCACAAGCAAGGGUCUCAUCAAGAGGAGUUUGAGGAGCUGCUCUCUGAUGCCGCAUGGGAGGAAAUCCCAGUACUGAAAAUCGACAAGUCUUCCAAAGCAGAUGAUUCAAACUCAGAGAUAGUGGAUUUCGGCCAGAUCAAGAGACAACAGGCACUCGAAGAUCGCAUCAGCUGUUCAGGGGAAGGCGACCGCGCAAACAACCCGCGUCAGUCAAAUGCUGUCCUCCAGUUCAACGGAAAAGAUAAACAGCACCAAGCAACACAAUCACCUCAGCAGCAGUGUCCACAAGACACCAAAGUGGAAACUACCCCCGAGCAGAUUGAAAGUCUCCCUGAAAUGAAGACCGGGGACCCAAGCAGCACCAAGCGGAAACAGCGUCCCAAGCCGCCGUUGCAGUUCAACAGCGCCUCACAAGUUGCCGCAGGUCAACCGCAAGCUGAACUCGCGAAGCCUCCGGUACAGAACGUUUCACGCCAUCGUGCCUCUGAGUUUCAACAACAGGUGGAUUCACCCGUCGAUGGUCAGGGGAGCAACCCCGCUGAUUCGAAAUCUCUGAAGAAGCCUGGGACCAAACAGGCGAAGUCCUCUGCCACGACUAGCCGGCGAAAAGGCCCCAAAUUGGUGGGAAAGUCAUCUUCAGUCAAGAAUUCUGUGAAAGUCAAAGACGCGCCUAUACUGAAGGCUGACAGCGAGGCUUCCGAGCAAUCGUCUCAUGUCCCUGAGCUGCCACCUACUUCGCUGCCCGAACCCCAGCAUAACGACAUGCCGCCGCCUUCCAUCAACCCUCCUCGAACGAACGUGCGGACACGAGGUCAAGCUGCCGCUGAGGCUACUCGUAAUCAACAUGAAGCGGUGUCGGAGGAAGCUGUGCCUGUCACGGCUGAUACCGCUCAAGCAACGACGAGCGACAUGCGAUCUGCGAAAGCCAUUGGCUCUCCACCGGAAAUGUUGAGCAGUCCGGUGAUUGAGGACACAUAUGCAGAUAACCAAAUCCUCAGCGAUUCAUCCUCGCCCAGUGACGCUCCCGCGAUACCCAACCCGAUCGAAGUGCCAAGUGUUCUCGCAGUGGUGGUCACAGAGAAGAUAUCAAAGGCGGAGACUGCCCACAACGAUGGUCCCGAAUCCACUGAGAUGACAACGGCAGACCGGCCACCCCUUGAGAAAGAUGGAAAGGCUGUGUUUGAUGAUGUUAUUGCGAUUGAGAGUGACGCAUCUUUUGACUCCGCCAUAUCGUCUGAUGACGAUCAGUCCCCUUCCAUGGAAGCUGAAAGCGACAAACAGCAGGCUGCAUUCCAAGCAGUCAAACUACAUGAUGAGUACCACGAUGGUGACAACCGUGUGAGGGAGGCCCGACACGAUGCCGAAACUGGGUCCUCCCUGCGCGACGGUUCCACGACGCUGGUCCAAACGAGAAUUACCUCGGAUAACCUCCGGCCGCAGGAAAGAAAAGUGUAUCAUCAGAGCACUGAUGACCAAACCGUAAAAGCCGGGCCCGGUAUAAAGCAGCAUGUGGAGUCCACUGGUCUUACGUUUCCGACGCGGAGGAAAAGGGUCAAUGAAUCGCCGAUGACUACGACCAAAGACACCAGCGAGCAACCUCUCACACAAGAUCCUGGGGUCAAAAACCCGGUCAACUUCCGCGAAUUCGCCAGCGGUCGGGAACGCCAAGGAAUUGUUGGCGCAGAAAAGCCCUUUAUGAAACCAAGAAACACGUUGCCUCUGGUGCAGCGCGAGCAAGCAGCCAAGAAGAAUCUGCGGCAACUACGUAACAAACAUUUCGAAGAGCGCUCCCAACGCCAGAUUCGUCAGCUCCCAAGGCUGAAGAACGAAGAGCAGACCUUAGUGAAUACGCCAGGAGUGGAAAUUGCGCAUCAACUCCACGGUGUAGUCAAGCUUUUUACAACACGCCUGGACAGCGCUACCAAGGCUGUCGAUGAGGUCGUCGAUGCUUACGAGAAGGGGACUUCGAACUGUCUCGACAGGAUCGACCAACGUAUCACAAAGGAGUUCGAGGCUUUGGGCGACGAGUGGACGUCUGACGCCCGCAAUUUUUCCCGCGUUGCAGAAGACAACAAGGCCACCCUCGUAAGUGGGAAUCAGUCGCGCAGAGAUAUCGCCGGCUUCUUCAAGUCCGUAUCGGGUGAUCGCCAACAACUCUACGUCAAAGCCGCUCAGAGCUUGCGAUCGUUCGAGCGUCAGAUCCUUGAGGGUGGAUUUUGA